AUGACCUUGGCGGGCGUCACGGCCCGUCACGAUUGGAUAGACCGACAAAUGCGCGUCACGGGGUACGCACCCGUGCAGUCGGAAACGGUAUGGAGGAACGUCAAUCUAACACUCGGUGCCGCCGUCCAAGCCGUCGUCGAACACUUGCAGUUGAAUCCGCCGGAAGUUAUCGAAAUUCACGAUGAGGGACUCCGCAGCAUACAACCCACACAACCUCCGCCGUCGCUUGCCAUUCGUACCAACGGAAGCAGCAACGGUCACGCCAACGGGCACAGUGUCGGUUACACCCAAAGCCGUCGUACGACCUCACGGUCCGCCGCCCAAGCUCUGAUGGAGGCCGACGACGUUCCGCCCACCUACUCCACCGUUGCGGAAGUUCCACAAAUUGAUACUCCCUCGAUUCCAAUCGAGUUUGAAGAAGUGAAGCACCUCACUCGUACGCAAUUGGACGAUCUGCUCACGAACGAAACGUCCUUUUUGGCCUGGGUCAAUGGCCUCGCAUUCACCACCACCUUGCGCAUCAUGGCCACCUCCGUCCUCGAGGAAAAUGUCCAGACCGCCCAGAAUCAUUUGGAACAACAAACGCGCAUGGACACUUUGUACGGACAAGUCACCGCACUACACCAUGAAUUGCGCAAGGCCGUCGGGGAAUUCGAAGUUUUAGAGCGUCAACAGGACGCAUUGUGCGCCCCGCCCGAUACGAUCAUAGUCCGUCAGGAAUUACAAGUACUCAAGCGGCAAGCCUUGGACGAGUCGGAAGCUCACGCGGAAACCUGGUUGGACGAAACCGCGCAAGAUUCGGUCGACGUGGACGCGUUUGUGCGGGAUUUUGUCACCACCCGCACACGGCACCACGAACGCGCCGCCAAACUGGAACUACUCCAACGACAAGCGCACAAAUCGUUAUAG